CUGCGAAUAAUCGACUCCAUUUUACUUUUGAAAUUUUGGUUCUGGCAAAAAAAAAAGUUUGUGCAAUUUUUCGUGGCAUUUUCCGUGAAAAUUAUCGCAAAAAAAUAGUCGCAAUUCCGAGUUAAGUGCGUGGACAAACGAUUGCAGCAGAAAUGGCGUGUGCAACUCUCAAACGAGGCCUGGAUUGGGAAUCGCUAAAUCAGAAACCAGCAAAGCGUAGACGAUGCCAUCCCUUUGACAAAGUUGGCACCUCGUCGCCGUCAUCACAGACCACAAGCAACAACGCCUUGCUGAUCGAGCCAACGCCAAGUCCCUUCUUCGAUGCCACACAACCCAAAUUGACGCCCGAGAAGAUUUCACAGAGCAUCCGCGACGAAAUUCGUCGUUUGCAUCGUCGUCGUCAACUCCGUUACACAGCUGCCAAUACCGAACGCAUGCACGACAGCGAAUCAAGUGGUUCGGAAAUGGGACCCGAUUCGCCCCGCCGCUGCGACAGUCCCCCCAAUCUCCUCAAGAAUCCCGAAAUGGCGGUGUUUACGUUCAAGCAGGUGCAAAUGAUUUGCGAACGGAUGGUCCGUGAUCGCGAACAGGCGCUCAUCGAGCAAUAUGACACCGUGCUGAACACAAAAUUGGCGGAGCAAUAUGACGCCUUCAUCAAGUUCACGUGCGACCAGAUUCAGAGUCGCAUGGAUGCUGCCCCCAGCUAUUUAUCAUAAGACCACGAGGAGGAAGAAAGACUGCGACUGUACGUACUAAAAAUACUACGACGCAACAUACUUAGAGGUAACAAACGAAACAUUUUUCAUUCUCAUCUCUAUCUCUCCCCCCGUCACGUAUCACAUGCUGCACACACACGAAAGAAAUAGUUUUGUGCGUACUCGCUCACCCCUUUUCCCAACAACAGCCGAUAAAUUUAUUUUGAUACGCAAUUAUCAUCAUUCAUCGACGACCAUUACUGAAGAAACUCAUCUGCUUCAACGAAUUUUUUAUUUUUUUUUUCAUUUUAUUGAAAUCCGCAAUUCAUCAUCUCUCGUAAAAUAAACAUAAAAAAAACAUGUGAAGAAAAAAAAAGAACAUUAGACAGAUAAGGCAGUUUAAUUAAUUAUAUAUAUUAAUUGAUAAACAUUAAUAAUAAUAAUAAUUUAAACGAUAUCGACAAAAAAAAAAUGAAAAAAUACAAAAAAAGAGAUAUUCAAGACACGGUUAAAGUGGAUUUCAGCCACACAAAAAAACUUUCCUCUCCGAAAAAGAAAAUUUAAUCUGUGAAAAAAAAUCCACUUUGACAAAAAAUCUAGCUUUAGCUGAAAAAAAAAACAAAAAUAAAAAAAAUAAUAAUAAAUAUUAUUAAGUGAUGAAGCAAGCGAAACUUAUGCAGAAAUAAAAAAAAAUAAAAAUUACUUGUGUUGAUAGGAUUUUUAUACAAAAACGCGUCAUCAUCAAUAAAUACAAGUUUUUCAGUUUACCGAAACAAAAAUUUAAAUCUAAUUUAAAUAUUAAAUUUCAUUCAUAUUUUAAACAAUAACAAAUAAAUUUGUACUUUUUGAUAAAUAAUCCGUUAAAUAUCUCCUCCAUUUAAAUAUAAAA